AUGAAAGGAUCGCGCAGAAAGUACAAGAUUCGCAGACGAUGCUUCGUACAUGACGACGAGUGGGACGAUCUCACUCCUUCUUACCACCCUGACGGCCCAGUCAAUCGUAGUCCACCGCGGUACAGGAAACGUUGGUCCUCUCGGUCACGGUCGAGGUCAAGGUCAAGGUCACAGACGCCUCGUGCCUGGGACGGAAGUGAAGAACGGACUGCGGGGCCGUCGUCUUCAUCGCAAGUACCAACUUUAAGCUCUAGAAUCACGGAUCACCCCGCCCCUUCCUCGUCCAGAGCUCCUCCAACGCAACCACCACCCAUCAGGACGGCAUCUCUAGGCGGCAUGAGCAGCGCAUAUUCACCGACAUCAGCCCAAUCUGGUUCGUCUAGAAUCUUAUCUGGCAACAUCGUGACGUCGCCAAACUCAGCUCCGACAGAACCUAAGGCUUUUCGUGCCUUCCAAAGCGCACACAAAAGCACAAAUCCACAAUCUAAUUCACCGGCCACGCCAAUCCAGAUGCAUCAUGGAGAGGCAUCGUCAUCCUUGCAGCCCGCGCCUCCACCUCCGCCAAACCAUUCCCCGCCGAUGCAACCCCCGCAACCCUUACCAGAUGUACCCGAUGUCAUGAUGGUACCGGCAGAAUCACAGCCAGCCGACCGAAAGACAGAAGAUAAGAAAGAAUUUUGGGAAAAACGGACAGCAUCCAUCGCUAAAUCCACGCGGCUGCUUGAAAAAGUGAAGGAGCUCGAUAAAUCAUGCAAAGACGCAGAUCACGUAUUGCAAAGUUCAUUCUUUGCAGGUCUGCCGGAGCCUGAACGCGCACGUCUCAGAGAACAAUACCAGUCACUUCUCACGGCGCGAAAGGACGCAGAGAAGGAGUAUCAUGCAAUCAGACAAGAGCUUGCCAAUGCCGACGCAUGGCCCACGGGCCCAUCAGCCACUUUUCAAGCGGAAGAAGACGUUCUCGCGAAACAGAAAGAGAUCUCGACGUAUCUCAAGGAGCUCGCGACAAUGAUGCAGGAAGUGCAAAAAGUAUUUGGAGAGUUGCCAAAAUACAACCCUCCUGCUUUGCUUUCGCAGGGUGCUGGAGCAGACGAAGAUGGGACUGCUAUGGAUGUGGAUGUUAAGCCUGAGUCGUCUCAGGCAGGUCGAAAGCGCCGCAGGAUGGACGAUGCAGGCAGAGCAGAUGCAGAUGGACCUUCAGCGGAGGAAAUGCAGGAAUUUAUCACCACGCUAACGGACCUUGAGGAGAAAAUAUCGACCCUCAGGAAUGACAUGACCGCCCGUGAUGCAGAAACAAGAGAAGAUCUGGAAAAUCUCAUUUCGACGAGGAUCGACGAAAAUAAUUUCAAGAAUGCCGAGAUUGCGCGGGAGAGGGAAGAGAAGUUGCAGGAGGAAGAGAAGACUAGGAAUAACCUUCUUGGUGCACUGACCACAGAGGUACAGAAGGCGGGGGAUGAUAUCGGUGAGAUCGCUACGGCGGUUGGGGGCCUGGUUCUUCGUGUGGCCGAUCUUGAGGUUGAACUUUCAAAGGAAAAGGAAGCCCAUGAAACUGCGUUAAGCAGACUGGCUGUGGUCGAAGAACGUCUAUCACAAUAUGGCAAGUCCCAAGCGGAAUACACGCGCAACAUCGACACUCUCACGGCAGCCUUGGAGGCAUACAAAACUUCUCCCCCUACUCCUCCAGUCACUCCACGCAACCCCUCCGCCGCGUAUGUCAUCUCCGUCAUUGAAGAACGCAUUCUCGCGGGUCUGCACUCGACAAUGGUUCCCUUUGUUGAAGAGCUACGACGUGACAUGGAAAAUCUGUUGUCUGAAAAGAAUCGUGAGGUUUAUCGCGUGGUGUGGGACAAACUUGGCAAGACGAUGAAGCUGAUCGAGAAAAUCAAGGCGAGGGUUGACGCUGGCGUCAGCGGUGAAGGUGUCGCUCGAGGCCCGAACCAGGCGUAG